GCGUCUGCGCAGUUGCUGAUCAGAGACCGUUGUUUUUACCAUAACCACAACAACAGCAGAGAUAUAGGUAGAGGCCGAUAGACGGUCUGUCCAUAAUGACUUCAACGCCAUUUCUGGCAGUGUUCACCUCUCCGGAGGUUCAAUUACCAGAACUUACCUCUUACCUCUCCCUUGACGGCAUCCAUGUUCCCAACGACAGGCCAUAUGUAUGGCAAAAUGCAGUCACAUCCUUAGACGGGGUGAUUGGGCUUGCGGAAAUUGGAUGCACUGAUGCUGGGCCUAUUGCCAUGAAGCACAUGGAGCAAGUGAAAGGCUCGUUGACCGAUUGGAGAAUACUCAAUUUUGGAUGGGCAUGCGCAGACGGCGUGCUGGUGACUGGCGCCAACCUGAGAAAUGAACCAGAAUUUGAUGGGUGGUUUACAAGGUUCCAAGAUCUACAAAACUAUCGCCAGACAAACCUCAAAAGCCCUGAUCACCCUCUUCAAAUCAUUGUAACGAACAGCGGGGAAUUGCCUCUGGACCAUCCCGUUUUCCAACGGGUUGACUUGAAAGUUCUUAUCGUCACAGGCGGACGCGGAAGCAGGUGCUUGGCUGAGCGCGGGAAAUCAGAGAAUGUCGUUGUUUGCGGUGAAGAUGUGGUGGAUUUGAGACAGUUGAUGAAAGUUUUGAAGGAGAGUUAUCAGAUCCAGACAUUAGAUAUUUCCACAGGCGGAGCUUUUGCAUCUGACUGCCUGAACCUUGGUCUAAUUGAUGAAGUGCGAUAUACUUUAUCAGGGCAGAUAUGCGGACGAGUCAACUCGCAAAAUCAGCAGCGACCAGUUUUAUUUCCCAACGUUCGAUUCAAUUGGGUAGAUCGUCCGGCAGGGCUGGGUAAUCCUUUGAUACAUUAUUUGGGGAUUAGAGCUGUCGAUGAGCAUUUUGUUUUUGUCAGGGGUCGGGUGGAAUACAGGUAGAAUGAGUGUAUGGAAAUAUAUAUACUAUCAAAUAUGUUUGACAUCAAGAAACUUGUGUUCAGGGCA